GCACACCCCGGCCGGCCCGCCCGGCUAUCCCUGCCCUGCUAUCCCGGCGCUGCCCGCCCGCUCUCCCCUGUCCCGGUGUUCCGUUGUCCCGCUGUCCCGGUGUCCCGGUGCCGCCCCUCCGCUGGAUCCUUCCACUCCCUCUCGACGGCCGAGCGCGUUCCUCAAGCAGGCACUCCGGCAGGCCACGGCGAGGCGCGCCGAGCGCAUCGCUCGAGGCGGAGGAGGCGCGAUGGCUCCGCAGCGGCGGGCGCUGCCCCGCGGCCUCGACAGCGCCGGGCCGGGGCCGGGCCGCGGGGACCGCCGGCACAGCAGCGCCAGGAAGGGCAAAUCCCAGCAGGAUCCUCGGGGAAGGUGGCUGAAGGCAGCGAUCCUCCUCCUCCUCUCCGCCGCGGCCGGCGGCGGCCUCGUGGUCUGGAGCCGCCUCCGCACCCAGGACGGGAUUCCCGAGGGUGGGAUCCCUGCAGAUGGGGUCACCGAGGUGCUGGCACAUCGCAGCGACAACCUGCGGGACAAAUUCAUCGAGAUCCCCUGCUCGGAGGACUACGACAGCCACAAACGCUUUGCAGGUUGCACUCCUAGGAAGUGUGGAAGAGGUGUGACAGAUGCUGUAAUCACAAGGGAAGAAGCUGAAAGAAUUCGUAGAAUAGCAGAGAGGGGACUGUCCUUGGGAGGAUCUGAUGGAGGGGCAUCAAUUUUGGACUUACACUCCGGAGCUCUUUCCCUGGGGAAGCAUUUUGUUAAUCUGUACAGGUACUUUGGGGACAAAAUUCAAGACAUCUUCACAGAAGAGGAUUUUGCAUUAUACCGGGAUGUGAGGCAGAGGAUUCAGCAAAGGAUUGCUCAGGUGUUUGGGAUCAGCUCUUCUGCCAUGUACCUGACCAAGCCAACGUUCUUCUCCAGGAUGAACAGCACAGGAGCCAAGACAACACACGAUGAGUACUGGCACCCACACGUGGACAAGGUGACUUAUGGCUCUUUUGACUACACUUCCCUGCUCUACCUCUCUGACUACUCUGAAGACUUCGGGGGUGGGCGGUUCGUGUUCAUGGACGCAGAUUCCAACAAGACAGUGGAGCCCCGAGCAGACAGAGGAGCUACUUCUGUUCCUCCUGAGCAGCAUUUCAGUCUUCCCAGUGCCCCCAGCCUGUUGCCAUGGACAGUGGAUGGUGGCCGGGUGUCGUUUUUCACCUCUGGAUCAGAGAACCUGCACCGGGUGGAGAAGGUGCAGUGGGGCACUCGCUUUGCCAUCACCAUCUCCUUCACCUGCGACCCGGAGCACGGCAUCGGGGACCCGCUGCUGGGCUGACUCCUGGGCCUGGGAUGGAGCUCAGAUGGGAGGGGAGAAGCCCUGCAAGAGGAGAGGAGAAAGGGAGAUACCACCUCUUGUAACCUCACAUGCAAUUAGAACUGCCCAGCUGUGGAAACACGUUGUUUUCACAUCUCCUUUUCCAUAAACAUUGCAAACGGUGGCUUAAGAACAAUCUUAAAUUUGAUGCAUUCUGGAAAUGGUUUGUCUUCAUGUGCCAAAGGGAUGGGCUAUGAAGAAAAGGGAAUGGUCUCCACAAAGAAGAGAAAGUGGGCUCUUCAUUUUUUUAAUAUUUAAAAAAAAAUUCUUCAGUUUGAAAGAUACAAACAAUCUUUUGGGCCAUGCCUUGAUCUGACUCCCCAGGCUGCUGAUACCCAUUCAAUUCUUUAUUUUCUUAGUUAUUAAUGUGGUGUAGAAAGUCUGACCUAAGUUGAUUGAGCCAGGUGAGUGUUGCUCUCUAGAACACACCUUCUCUUGAGAGGGAUGGAUUCUCCUGAGUGUGGGAUCAGUGGGAAAUGCACCUGGGUUUGGCUACUGGGACUUGAACUUUUUUUAUAUCUAAUUAUUACUGAUUGAAUAUUCAGGAAGUCUCUCAAUAGCUAUUUUUGGACUUCUCUUUUCGAAUUUAGUACCAAGGCUUUUUCUGUUAAUGAGGACCACUGGAAGGGACUUCCAAGAAGAGAUACUUGCAUUGUAACAAACACAUGCAUAAUCUUGCCAAAUACUUUGGGUUUUUUUACUGCAAUCAAAGAUUUCUGUGGGUCAAGAGGUUGAUAAAUAAACAGUAGAAAAACCUAAUUUUUUUCUCAAUCAAAUUCUGAAGUAAUCAUGUUGAUCUGGUCUCUUACCUGGAUGUAUAAUUUCUGUGAAACACUGAAAAUCUGGGAAUGUGCUUUGAUUUUUUAUUUUUUAUUUUAUUUUUAUGCAUACAGUUUGGACUUUUUAAGGUACCCUUUUAUGGAAAUAAUAAGUACAGGGGGAAUUACACUGAAGAUCAAUAUGAAGAGGAAUGAUAAGAGGACACUUGGACUUGUGAGGGCUCUCACUGGGCACACCAGCAAGAUUAGUCCUCUGUAAUUUCAUUUCAUUGUUCUGAAACCUGAGAAAGUUUUCCUUGUCUGUACUAACAAGGGAGAAUUGUUAAAAUGGCUGGAUGCAAGGAAAUAAUAAACUUGGGUUCUAUAUUGAAA